GAUAAUGAUAAAUGUACAAAGUAGGAGGGAGGGACUGAUCCCUGUAUUUCUUAUCUCUAGGUGCGGACGGGCAACAUUGAAAUCCUCCGAUACUUAGGUAUAGCUCCGAGAUUAUGCACAAUGAAACAUUCUGCAUAUGUAGUUGAACCCAGUUGAACGUAUAAGUGCUUAAUUCACCCCGCAACACUACUUUCUUACCUAGGUACCUACCUAGGCCUGCCUACUCUUAAGAAUCAAUAAAUCAGGGUUACCGUGAGUGAAGACAACCUCAAGAUGGCUGUUGAAGAAGUGCCUACCAUCACGAUUCCCGUAAUCGACAUAUCCGGCGACGUCGCCAACAACCUAUCGCUCCGACCCCAAAUCGCGCGAGACCUAAACGCCGCCUGCCGCUCCCCGGGCUUUUUCCAGAUCGUCGGACACGACGUGCCAGCCUCUCUGCAGACGCGGGUUUUCAACACAAUCGCGCAGUUCUACGCUCUGCCGCCGGCGAAAAAGCUGGCGCUGCGCCGCGAGCUCUCGGGGCGGGGCUACGAAGCCAUCGGGUCGCAGACCUUGGACGAGUUCCCAGAUCGCAAAGAGGGGUUCAUGAUCGGCCCCGAACUUCCGCCUGGCGACGGGUUCUUGGAGGGCCCGAACUUGUGGCCCGAGGAAAGCGAUUGUCCUGGGUUUCGGGCUACGAUGGAGGAGUACUUCGCUGCCAUGCGCAGAUUAAGUGUUAGGAUGUUUCGCUUGUUGGCGACUAGUUUGGACCUCGAUGUGCACUACUUUGACGAGUUCGUGGAUAGCCGAGACUCUAUCUCAAUGUGUCGCGCCCAUAAAUACCCCCCAGCUGACACUGCAAUGGCGAAGAAGUCGCGCGGGGUAGGCGCCCAUACCGAUUUCGGGGCCAUGACGCUGCUCCUUCAAGAUGACCUGGGAGGCCUGGAAGUUCUCCACAGGCCUACCGAGACUUGGCAUAGUGUGCCAUGCAUCAAGGGCGCCUAUGUCGUCAACAUCGGCGACAUGAUGGAAAGGUGGACAAACGGCCGCUACACGUCAACAGUACACCGCGUAGCAUCGCCAGUGUCGAGCAAAGAUAGAUACAGUGUUGCGUUCUUCAAUGAGGGCCGGUUGAAGCAGGUCAUCGACUGCAUCCCAACGUGCCUGGAGCUCAAUGAGGGGGCGCCGAUAUACCCGCCUGUAACGGUGGAAGCCCACUUACGCAAACGAUAUGAAGACAGCUAUAAGGGGAAUCCGAUCAAAGGCUAAGUUCGAC